CAUAGCAUUUGUGGAUUAUUUUUCUAGGGAAUAGUGUUUUCGAGUGCAUUUGGAGAUGUAAUUUUUCUAACAGAUAGAAAUAGAAAAAGUACUUGGAUAUUUGUAUAAACUUGCAUUUUUGACGGUGAAAAUUGUGCUGUUUGCCCCCUUAGGAUUCAACUGGAAAAAGUGCAAUUUUGAAGUUACAUUCUCGUGCUAUAAACCAAAACAGGUAGCUAAUGUAGUGAAGGUUAUCUUUUGGCAUUUUCUAGAAGAGGAAAAAACAGUGAGCGAGUGAGUGAUUGACGGUUCACCGAACGAACAUAAAUAAAGCAAAAAAAAGUAGCGCACUCUUGGAUUAUCUCGAACGAGAGCACGAUUGAACACAUUCAGACAAAGAAGACAUCACGAUGAGGUCUACGGUUCGGCGUAAAUGAUAUGACAGGACACACCCGAGUAACGGUAGACAACAACAGCAACUCAAAAUCGUGCACAUUAUCCGAAUUCAACGCUCACAAACACAAACACAAAUACACACUUUAAACCUGCUACAGAAAGCACAUUAUCUCGUAGAAAGGGCAACCAACGACCCCUACAAAGCAACAGUUCUGUUGUAGUGCUAACAAUAGUAAAACAUCCAAACAGAGAUAAUUAUUUGCUUUGCCAAAUAACAACAAUUCAGUUACAAUUAUACGAUUAUCUACAUAGAAUAAGUUAAAGAUUGUGAGAAGGUUACAGUUUCGAAAAGUGCUCGGCACGGGAAGAAAUUCAUGUGAUAUAAUUUUGUCUUUAAUCCAACAGCGGAAGAAAAGAAGUGCAGAACAUAUAUAUGGAUGUAUGUGGUGACGAAAAACACCAGUGUUAAUACAGUGUGGAUCUAGUAGAAAGCAGAGUAUAGUGUGGUGAAAGUGAACAAUUAUUGCUGAGGAAUCAGAAAGCAUAAAGGAUACCGCGCUCUCAGCCAACUGAAGUGUAACCAACUCCCGCCAAAAUACUACAACCAUGUUGCCGAAGCGUUCCCGUUUGGGCGAUGUGCGGGGCCCAAUUUCGAACGGGCCAAUGCAAUCGCGGCCUCUGGUCGCCCUGUUGGACGGCCGGGAUUGCUCAAUCGAGAUGCCAAUCCUGAAGGAUGUAGCCACAGUCGCGUUCUGCGAUGCACAGAGCACAUCAGAGAUUCAUGAAAAAGUAUUAAACGAAGCAGUGGGAGCGCUGAUGUGGCACACAAUCAUCCUCACGAAAGAAGAUCUGGAAAAGUUCAAAGCGUUGCGGAUAAUCGUCCGCAUCGGCAGUGGCGUUGACAACAUUGACGUGAAAGCAGCUGGCGAACUGGGAAUCGCCGUGUGCAAUGUGCCCGGCUACGGGGUGGAAGAGGUGGCCGAUACCACGAUGUGUCUGAUUCUGAAUCUUUACCGGCGAACGUACUGGCUCGCGAACAUGGUCCGGGAGGGCAAGAAGUUUACAGGUCCAGAGCAAGUGCGGGAUGCGGCACAGGGCUGCGCCAGAAUACGGGGAGACACAUUGGGGCUGGUUGGACUUGGUAGAAUAGGCAGUGCCGUUGCCCUGAGAGCGAAGGUAUUCGGUUUCAACGUGAGCUUCUACGACCCAUACCUACCGGAUGGUAUAGAAAAAUCACUCGGCUUGAACCGUGUCUACACCCUUCAGGAACUGCUAUUCCACUCAGACUGCGUGUCGCUUCACUGUACAUUAAAUGAACAUAAUCAUCACCUUAUUAACGAGUUCACGAUUAAGCAGAUGAGACCCGGUGCAUUUUUAGUGAACACAGCCCGCGGAGGCUUAGUCGACGACGAAGCGCUAGCCCAUGCGCUGAAACAGGGCAGAAUCCGAGCGGCAGCGUUAGAUGUUCAUGAGAAUGAGCCAUACAAUGUAUUUCAGGGUGCCCUGAAAGACGCCCCUAACCUGCUGUGUACUCCCCAUGCCGCAUUCUACAGCGAGGCAGCUACAACAGAGUUGCGCGAGAUGGCGGCCAGCGAAAUCCGGCGGGCAAUCAUUGGUAACAUCCCGGACUGUCUUCGGAACUGCGUAAAUAAGGAAUACUUCCUGCGAUCGUCAACGGGCGGUGGUGCCGGAGGAUAUUCAGAAGAUAAAAAACUUAUAGCUGGUAUAAAUGGCGGCUAUUAUUCAGGUGGAUUACAACAAGCACAUAGUACAACACCGCUUGAGGCACCGCACAGUGCUGGAUCCCACGGACCGCCCAGUGGUCCUCCGCCACCGUCAGUCGCCGUACCACCUGUCUCCGCUGUCACAGCGCCACCACCACAAGGUAUACAACAUUCUAUGGUCAGCAAAUCGCCUCUUAGUGCCCCCGAUCCAAGUAAUCAUCAUUCGGUUAAGCCGGAACCAUCGGAAGUACAUUAGUUUCAUUAUUAUUAUUAUUAUGAAUCACUUAUUAUUAAUUACGAUUAAAAGUCGAUAAUACAGAAAGGAAACAAAAGAAAAAGGAGAGAAAUAAACAUUUUUUUCAAAUUUUUUAAUGUAGGCAAAUAAGAAAAAUACACACACACAGACACACAAACACAAGUGAGGGAUUAAAAAAAAAUGAAGAAUUAUAUAUUGCGGACGAGGAUGAGGAUCGAUAAUAAUUAUUAUGAUUAAAAUUAAACAAGAAAAAAUGUGAGAAAUGAUUACGUUAGUAAGAUGUGAAAAAAGUUACUGCAACAAAGUAUAAGCAAAAGUGAAAGAGAACAAACAAAAAAAAAGAAUUAAUAAUAGAAAUAGUUUUGUGUAAGAGGAUACUAUGUAUAAAUACAGGUGUACACACAAUAGAAAUAAUAAUACACAGCAACUAUGUUUGGCAAAGAUGACCGGCAAACAAACCAACAAAACAAAAAAAAUAUGAAUAACAGACUACAACUCGACUGACAUAUGCACACAAAUGUGAACAGAAGAACAGAACCCCAAAACAACUUCCAAAAAUUCAAACAGACACGUAUACUUACGUCCUCUAGAGAGAAAAUGUAUGGACGAAAACUAAGGCAAACUGGGUUAUACCAACCAAUACGACGGCAGAAACGAAACACUUAUAUGUUGUAGUGGUACGUUUAAAAUGAGAAUUGCUUCCUUUUUUGUUUUAUAACUUUUAAUGAUAAUGAAUUGGAUUAUAUUUUAUUUUUCUCUGUAAGUAGAAGAACAGAAAUUCCUUUUAUUUUUAGUGUAUGUAGGGAUAAAUAAAGAAACAUGGAGAAAAAGCGUAAUACAUGAGUAUGUGUGCGAGUAAGUCAAAUGAAUUUCGGUAGUCGGAGAGAGAGUUUUCGAAGUAAUUGAAUAGUUUAAACUGCACCGGGACAGACAAAAGUGAUUGUCCUAUUAAGUCCAUAUUUGCGCAUACUAUUUCACCCUGGAAAGACAAUCGCAGUAAAAAAGGGAAAAGCGUGAGGUUGAUAAUUCGUGUGGAACAGAUUUACAAAAGUUUAAGUGGUUCCCCCUUUCCAUGAAUCUUGGACGGAACCGGGUUAUAAUUACCAUCUUUUCUGAAGGUGCCAUAUGUCGAGUGCAUUUCCGAGCAAAUGAACUAAGCAUCUGAUCUCUCCCUCUUAGCGCCCUGAAAUUGAGUUUGGCACAAAAAAACGAUCAAGAAAACGCCGACAUUGAAACACUUAAACUUGCCAUCAACUUGUUCCACGUUGAAUACGGUCUCCGGAAAGCUUUUUGAACCAUUUGCAAUAUGACCAAGAUAGAGCUUCACCUUCUGAAAGUAGGCUGUCACAUGCCUUACCAAAUUGACUUGGAAAUGCCGUAAACAGUUUCUCCUGGCCCGAUUUCUAACCUUUGUUCUCUAAGUCUGUGAUCUUAUAGUGUGGCUUUUCGGAUUUUUAGAGUUUAUUCCUGUGGAGCGUACCAAUCUGAGUAUGAACUGGAAAAAAAGAUAAAGCGAUCAGAGAAACAAGUUUUUAUCUAAACAUUACGAACAGGAACUCCCUAACGGUGUACUCCAAGAACGUAAGUGAAAACUAUUAGAUCUGUAAAAGUAUCAACACAGAAACAUUAUGGUAGGCACAUGUGACCACUUGAAGCCAAGCUACCGAACAAAAUUCCUUCAAAAAAUCAAACCAACUGCUGUCCAAGUGCUCAACAGAUGCGUUUAUCGAGCCACACCCGUCACCAAUAAUAAAAUUUCCUUUGUAUGAACGUUCAGCCACACAAUGCGCAGUUUCCCUCAGAACAAAAUUGAAUAUUUCCUAUACACAUCUUGUUGGAUUUGUGUGCGCAUGUAAAAACUGAUAGAAAAUGAUAGCUCACGAAAUGGCAGAAAUACCACCAACCCCUAAAAAACAACAAAUCAGCAGAAAUAAUUAUAUUGAUUAACACAUGUAGUGCUGGGCAUUCGUUGAUGAAUACAUGCAAACUAAAGAAGUAAAUAAAGAAAAGAGAAAAAAAAGUUAAAACAUCUUUUUUGCGAAUCAACAUUAUUCAGCAGCCAACACAAAAAUAGAAAACAAACAAACGCUCUGUAUAUGGAACCGCGACAAGAGAUGAAGGAAGAAAUGCAAGAUAUAAAUAAAGAUGAAAAUGGGUUAAAAAUGAUACGAAA